AUGGGUGGUGGCCACAAGUUCUGCUUGGUUUGGGUUUCGGUGUUGCGGCUUAGUUUCUGGGAUAAAGAAUUUCCGGGGUUCCUUGCUUGUGGAUGGAUACAUUGGGAUGCAGUGACUCCGAAGUCAUCAUGCACAGUCAUGGUGACACAGUACUACGGAGUUCAUAGGUCUUUGAUUUUUAUGCAUUCAGAACAGGACAAUGUUUUGUUUGCAGCCCUUGUUCUCCAGCUUGCUUUCCGAUCUCACCAUCAACUCGCCUCUCCAGAGCUCUCUGAUUCACAAUUCUUGUUCCACACCCGGAACCACAACCUCAGGAAUUGUGUUCGAAGCUUAUUUCAAAUUUCUGAUAAAGUUCUGGUUUGUUUUACGAAUCUAGCUAUCGAUUAGAAGCCCUAUUACAGCAGUGGUGAGUUCACCAAACCUGAAUAAAGUUGGCACGUUUUCUGCCAAUUUAGAUAAAUUGAGGGGAUUUGUAGUGAUUUGAAAAAUAAAAUUUUCAUCCAUGUAUUUCCUUCCCGUGGCCGAUUAUGUGGUUGAUUUUUGUGUCCAAAGAAAGCAUAUCUGCAUCAACUCAAGAAAAUAAGACAAUCCAUGGGGGAAAAA